AUGAAAGAGGAACAUACCUUGAACUUGAGGUUGACUAUGGAUGGCAUGGACCCUGGGCAAAUGUCCAGGGAGAGAGAGCGAGGCUUGACAGUGGGCGCAUCUACAUCAAGGGAGUAUGAGUAUGAAUUAGUGGAGAGGAGAAGUAGAAGAGAAACCUACCUUGAACUUGAGGUUGACUAUGGAUGGCAUGGACGCUGGGAAAGACAGGAAUUAGCGGAGAGAAGAGAUAAACAAGAAACAUACCUGGAACUUGAGGUUGACUAUGGAUGGCAUGAACCCUGGGUAGAUGUCCAGGGAGAGACAGCAAGGCUUGACAGUGGGCGCAUCUACAUCAAGGGAGCACGAAUGUACAAAAUGAAAUACUCACCAAUAUCACAAUUAGACAGUGGUGACAGCAGAAGAGAUAACUCACUCAUUGUAAAGAGAACUUCGCGUCUUGAGAGUCGCCCCGGCUGCUCUCUCAUUGUUGCGCCAGUGGGGUUGAAGACUCUCUUGGGAGUAUUAUUUGUCUCUCUUGCACCACUUGUACUCACUAUCUGCCUUGCAAUUCCAAUCAUCUGUACGAGGUCCCUUCUUUGCAAGGCUCACAAACUUCCUUGGGACUACUCUACCUUUCUACCGCUACUUACCUUACGACCAUACACACCGUCUCUCAUCUGUCUUUGUACGCCAGAUUUAAUAAUCAUGCCUACCGCUUGGGAUAAAUUUACUCCCUACAUGCGUGCAGAUCCAACUAUCACUUCCUUGGAUGCAAGAGCCAUUGUAUAUCAAUAUCCACUUGUAAUCACUACUCCAAAUAUGGAUUGGAUACCGGAACUGCAGAAUGACAAUUUAGAUGAACUGAAGGCUCGAGCUGAUGGACAUUUUGGAGUAGUUGAUUGCUUCCAAUGGCCGCAAAUGUUUUGUAAGGAGUUUGAGUAUGCUGUCUGCAUCCCUUGCAAGGACACCUUGCCCUUCAGCUUUCAAUUUGUGUGGUACACUCCCACUACAGCAGAUUUCGUCAUUCAACCUGGGACUGCAUUUGCUGUUGGUACCUUACACUCCUAUAUCAUCGACAGUAUCAAUAACUUACUUACAAUUGCCCGCAAGCGGGUUGAAGCAUGGAAGGUGACACAGGCAGGCAAGAACAACAUAAUCGUUCAACCUCGUCUCACCAUGUUGUCUUGGUCAUCUUGGUCUACCCUUCCUGGGGACCCAAAGUGGAUGGGUUGUUUCACUGACGAUUCAAAGACAUGUGAUACCUUCCUCGACGCAGUGGAGGCAUAUAUUCCUCGCGACAUGAACAUCAUCAAACCGGUCAUACUCAUGUUCCCAGACAACAUCACUAAGAGUAUAUUUUCUGAACCUGGGAAAGUUGUGCAGCCGUUCCCCCUCCUGUAUCGUGGCCAUGGUGGCUUCAACCAUCACUUUCAUACCCGUCGGGCCUAUGCUGGCACUUUUGGCAUGAACCCAUUGUCUCCGGCAUUGCCUCAGAACCCGGCCAGUGGUAAAGUUCCCUCUCAGGGACAGCAAAAUAAGAAGGCGCGAAAGAUUGCUUUGUCUCAAUUGAUGAAAAUGAAAAACCCUGAAAGCAUCGGGUUCUGGCAUCUUGCCUUCCAGAAAGCUGACAAGGACAAAGGCUGCAUCAAACAGGGCCUUGUUGACCAAGGGUAUUGGUUCCCUGAGCCCGCACUUCUCAUUACACCCAUGUUGCUGGAGCAGAAGAAAUUAUUUGUUGCGAACUGGCUCGCUGCACGACCACUGUGGAUUAGCCACGUCAAUCAUAACCCUCCAGAGAAAUUUCCCCCACCACAGCUUUGGCGUGACUUUCUCAACAGUCCCACUGCCGCAGCUAAGCGGAAGCAAGCAGCCCCCCAACAAAUAUUCAGUGAAGAUUUGUUGGACGCUGACGGGAGCACAUGGGCCAUUCAGGCUACCCUAGUGUGGCGCAAUGAGACCAUAUCUGUUGCAUCCCUUAGCGACCCUCCUGCACGCUUGAUGCGUCGCAUCCUCUGGGAGCUUUACGAGCUCAACUUUCAUUAUGAACUUCAAGCUCUCAAUCGAGUCAUGGCCAUUUUCCCUGGAGAGGGUGGUUUUGUAUCUCCUAUACCUGAGGGGGAUAGGGGUGGGCUGUGGAGUUGUGAGAUCAGAGAUGUCUUCCCCUAUGUUGACAGCUUCUGCAACGUGUUGUCCAGCUGGGAGAAUGCCCCACUGCACCUCAGUGCAUCCCUGGAUGCAAGCCCCCCGUCGUUCCGCAUCGUUUUCCCGCGUGAUUUUGUUUAUGUCUUGUUUGGCGAUGUCGCUCUGCCAGCACCCCUGCAUGUCCCUAAAAAUGGAGGCCAUGAACAAAGCGCUAAUGACAAGGAUUCUGGCAUAUUCACAGAUGAUACCACCAUUGUUGACUCGCCUUCAGAGCUGCCUACCAUCAAGCAGGUCGCCAAUGUUGAUACCAAUGCAAUCCCUGACGACGAAGAGGUGGAGUCAGAGGUUCAGCAGUGCAUCAAGGCAUUGAUGAUCCCUUGGGUGAGGCAUCACCUGAAGACAGCGACUAUGGCGACCAGGCUGAGUCCAGCUCUGACUGAUGGUGAUGCCAAUGAAUUGCCUACUCAUGUAAAUCAGGGUGCCAAGGGCACCAAGCCACCCCCACCACCUGCUCAAGAAUAUGAUGCGCACCAGGAUCCACAAGACCCCAAUGCCAACAAUCACCUUGCGCCUGGCCGGCUCCUGGUGGAAGCAAUGCGCAAGGCAAUUGCCUUGGGUGAGCGAACAUUUAAAGAGGCAACCGAGAUUGCCAAGGAGUAUGAAAAAUCACCUGGGGCCAUUCUGAUUGCGGCCGGGUUAUCAGUGAAACCUACUUGA